ACCAAAGUCAAAGCCGACUAACCCAGGGCCCGGGCAGAAAGUUGGUUCUUUAUUCUAUGCUCCAAACGCAAAUAUGGAUGUAACAGGAACACCAAUGGAAUGCAGUGUAGAUACAUCAGAACAUCAGGUUUGUCAACUUCCUGGCAUGCCUCCUAAGAAGAUGCCUCGUACUGAUCUCAUCGAAUUGGCUCGGCAAAUUGAAACAGCAGAUGACUUCAUCAAGGCCAAUGUCUCCAACAAGCUCACUGUGAUAGCUGAGCAAGUACAGUUUCUCCAAAAGCAGGCACAGCACAUUCUUGAGGAGGCUCAGCUCAAUACAAGGCUUCACCAUGCUGCGUGCAACUUUAAGAAAGUGCCCGGGUCAAUAUACUACCUCUACAAGAGACCAAAUGGUCAAGAGUACUUCAGCAUGAUCAAGCCAGAGGAGUGGGGUCCCCGGUGUCCACACGAUUUCCUGGGGGGAUACAGAUUGGAAUCCGACCUCACUUGGACACCUACAGAAGCCAUAGAGAAGAAAAACCGGCAGCUGGAGGCCAUCAGCCGCAUCACCCAAUUUUCAUGCUGGAAGCAAGAGCCCAUGGCUAUUGCAGAUGCAUUUGUGCAAAAGUAGCACAAGUCACUGCACCCUGGAAGCAGCUGCUGUCCAGGCAAUGAUUCUGUGCAUCAUUUGUAGUCAAGACUUGUGUGAAACUUUCAUUUCACAAGAAAAAAUUGUUUUUCAUUGGAGCAACAGUGCAUGUGAAAGUAAGCUUGAGACUUUGUAAGACAGAAUGGCUUUGGAAUUGCUGGCUGUGGUCAUUCUUUACAACUGAGGUGCAACAUAGGCCCCUGAAUGACAAAUCAGCAAUACCACAUUAUACUUUGAGCUGCUAUCGUUUGACGAUCAUAGUUCAACAAGGAAAUGUUGCAGAUGGCUUUAAGGCAGCAGAAUUUUAGACCACAUGAGCUGCUAAGAAAACUUCAUAGGUAGAGAAUGCAUUGUUAGAACUAGUAAAUGCAGUUUGCAUUUGUUUGUGACCCAUUGCAAUGCAUCUCUCAUUUUCAGCCUUUGUGCCAGGCCAUAAGGAAAUUGUUUCUUCCUGCCAUCCGAUAUGAAAGCUUUCACUCCUAAUAUGGCAGUAGUAAAUAAUCACGUACCAACUGCUCCAAAAUGUUACCUUGAAAAUGGACUGCAACACGCCCUCAUUUUUACCUGCUGUGAUGCUACAAUACUGUAGCAGCCUUUCUCAUAAUUAUGCUCCUGAUUGCACUAGUCAAUAAUGCAAAAUUUGUAAUUGCUUAUGAGCUCGAAGUUCACUACAUCAUAGCUUACAACCACUUUUCCUGGAGUGUGUCAAGGCUGUCUUCUGUGCAUUAAAUAAUGCAUUCGAUGGACCUCAUUGCCUGAACAAGGCUGCCUCGAUAAGAAAAGUGGGUGCUUGAGCUUGUUGAUAGUGUCGGGAAAAAAAAAAGGGAGGGGGAAAGGACAAACUGGAGCUGACGAUAGAGAGUCGUUGCAGCUGUGGUGUUUAUCUACGUCUGUUUUUUGCAAUCUUAGUUAUAGCAUUGCCUAGAUACCUUGUCACUGUUGUGAGCUUAGUAUGAAACAAACAGUACACAUUUUUUUCUUAUUUCAGUUCAGAAAUACAAUUUAUUUUUGACAGUCUUCACAUUGUGCCCUUUCUUCACACAGCACAUGCUUUCAGAAAGAAAAAAAAGGGAGGGAUCAAAAGCUGCACAAAUUCAGCCAUUCCAACAAGCUGUCAAGAAAAUUGAAGAACAAAAUCAAGAUCUUUCAGAAGAUAUUGUGACACUUCUCCUUAUAUAAAAUGAACACAAAUAAAAAAUGAGUUGUAUGGCAGUAAAACAGGCUGCAAAUGUUUCAACUUGACAACUUAAAAUGUUUAAAGAGCAUUUUUUAUUUUUUUUGCCAAGUUCACGGCAGAAUAAGUAUGUAUCUGUUCACAUACUUUCGAUGACUAAAUACAGGGGGAAAAAAAAAAGAGGGAAACAUAGGCAAAAGGUAGCCUGAAAAGUGAAAAUUAUGCUCCGGAAUGAUAUAAAAUAAGAUGUGGCAUCUCAAUGCUAGACAACUGCACAGCUGCGAUCACUGAGUCAAGUCGUAUGUUAUGUUAAUAUGAUUGUUUAAUGAGGAGAUUACACAACUUCGUUUUCAAGAACUUUCUGAGGGCCUAGCUUGUAUAUACUGUGCAUGGUUCAGUGAUGCAAAAUGCAUGAAAAGUAACAAAUCACUUGUCUUGAGCUUUUUUUUUUUUUUUUUUUUUU